AGUUUGAAAAAGAAAAAUGGCUGCCCAAGCUCCACAACAAUCGGGCUCAACAACUAAUAGUGAUACCCAAGAAGAAGAUGCUUCAGAACUUCAGUUUCCGAAAGGUUAGCUUUGUAAUGUAAAACUUUCAACUUCCCUGGUAACCUGUUAAGCUUCAAUAAUUUGUAGUUUUAUUAAGCCUAGUAGUUGAAUAAUUCACCGUUCUUAGACGACAUAUUAAUUAUUAAUUAAGUUAGUUCAACUUGACUUACGAGACUUAUCCUCAAAUAAAAUUUAGUAAUAACCAUUUAAUCAGUAAUUACUAGUAUCAAAAGUGUAUUUAGUUAAUUUAUUAGUAAUCUCUACUACUAUUAGACUGAUUAAAUUACUAGGCAAUCCUCUGAAUGUCCGCACUGUAGAAAUUGUCGGGCGGCCCAGAUAAUUGGUGAUGUUAUUUUUUGAGUUUUUGAAUUUUAUGUCAGUCACUAUGAUUCUGAAUGAAUAAAAUUGAGUUGUCUAAUUGCUUGUAAUAUGAAAUAAAAGUACCAUGGCCAACAGACAGCAAGCGCUGGUUCAUAUUGCAAAUAAUGUAAUUGCCAGAAACGUACUGCAAACUUAUAACACAAUGACGAAGGCACUGUUAUGACAACAUGCAUUGGUUAGAGUGGGUUGAAAAAUACUGUCUCAUAACUGCCAACCUCCCAUGUCUUUUAGCUGACAUACUGAGUCACCUGGUGGUUUCUCAUGAAUAUGCAGUAUGUGCAAUUGGACAUGCAGUACACGCACCUGGUCAUUUUUUGCAAACUGUCGGCUUAACACACAGAAAAUCAUCAUAAUGAUAUUCUAUUGGGUAUAUGAUGUGAAAUGCAAACAUUUUAUGCUUUACGAAAUCAUUGAAAGUUUGGACACCAUUUAUCAACUAAAACAACUUCUACAGAAUUGAGUGUUUGAAUUGGUUUCACAUUCAACUAGGUGGAACAUGUCAUGGCCUGUUUCCAAGCUACUUGUGUGCUUUAGCAACAAAGAAAAUGUUUUCAGACAGUAUCAGUACUUCUUGAAGUUGUUGAGUGACAAUUAUCACAUUUGACCAUGAACUUAAUGUAAAAUUUCUGAACUGCCAAAGUAACUAGUAACUGCUCAUCCAAUGUGUUUUACUAGUGUUUUGAAUUAGGGAGUGGCGUUCGGAGGAGUGCCAAUUUAUUAUCAUUAGUUUAUUAGUAUAAAAACAUCUGGCUUUAAUGGUCUAGCCACAUGGUAUACUUUAGUCCAGUAUUACCCAAAGUGAUUGCUUUGUAGACUGAUCCAAAGGGCUUUUUCGGUUGGUACAACAUAUAACAAGAGAGUUAAAUAAUUUAAUAGUCAUAACAUAAAAAACGUAUAAUGCUAUGUACUUGGAUAAAUCAUUUUUCUGCUAGUGACAAAUCAUUGCAGAGUUACAUGGUCCUUGCUCAACUUUUUGUGCACUUGAAAAUGUAAAAAAAAUAUUGAAUAAGCUUUGGGAACAACUGUAGUUUGUGGUUACCAUAUUUUUCGGACUAUAAGACACUACAGACUAUAAGACGCACCUAAAUUUUUAAGCAAUUAUUUUAAAAAAUAACAUUUUUAUAUUAAUUUCAAGUAUAAGACGCACCUGAAUUUUUUAGGCAAGUUUUCGAAGAAAAAGGUCAGCUUAUAGACCGUAACAUACAGUAUUUCGCGUUAAAUAGGUUUUGUGAAAAAUCAUUUUAAAGAGAAUUGGAAUUUUUGUUUUCCUUUUGUCCCAUUUAGAUAAAUUUUUUUUUAUUGUAUUAGUGGGAAUAUCAUCUGUUAAUGAUCUUACCAAAUGUUAUAAAAUACACAUUUAAAGAGUUACAGCUAUGAUAUAUAGGCCUAGCCUAUAUAAAAUAGAUUAAUCUAUGACCUAUAAGUCUAUUGCAGUGAAACUAUUUUCUGCCAACUGGAGUUCCAUUCAUUAAGCCUGCUGUAACUUUAAGGUUGCAUCAGUACUAUAAUAAUAUAAGAUUAGCUUCUAAUAUGAAAUGGCUAUUAAUUUUAUUAAUUGUUAUAUUACAAAAUUUUACAUUGUUGCAGAAUUUGAAAAUGCAGAAACUUUGCUCAUAUCAGAGGUUCAAAUGUUGCUGGAUCACAGGUAACAACAAUCAUAAGUGUAAUAAAUUUACUCGGCUAUCUAAAACAUUCAUUCAAAGUUCAAUAUCAAAUUAAAAUUUUGCUAGGAUUCAUUGUACCGGUACUGGCAGUUUUAUAAAUUUAGGGUCCAAGAAACUAAAUAUCGUUUUUUUUUUUUUUUGUUUUUUUUUUAAAAUCAGAAAACAACAGAAUGAAAGUGCUGAAGAGGAGCAAGAACAGUCUGAAGUCUUCAUGAAAACAUUAAACUAAUGUGAAAGAUUUUGCAAAUUUAAAAACAGAGAGAUAAAAAAAUAAAUAUCGUUUUUUUUUUUUUUUGUUUUUUUUUUAAAAUCAGAAAACAACAGAAUGAAAGUGCUGAAGAGGAGCAAGAACAGUCUGAAGUCUUCAUGAAAACAUUAAACUACUGUGAAAGAUUUUGCAAAUUUAAAAACAGAGAGACUAUUGCAGCUGUGCGGAGGUAUUUAUGACAUUUGUAUAAUUUGUUUUGCCACUAUUAUAUUUAACCUUUUACCUUUAGACUGAUUUAGGGUAUUUAAAUGUUCUGUAAAGAAGGCGUAGUGUUGAGUUCAAGAGAAACAAACUGAAAUAAUCUUUUUUUUUUGUUUGUUAUUUUGUAACCCUUAACUUCCCUCUUAUUUAUUUUUUAGCUCAUUAAUGCAGAAAAAAUUACACAAGUUUGAAUUAGCAGCUUUAGCAAACCUUUGUCCAGAGACAGCAGAAGAAGCCAAAUCUCUCAUACCAAGGUUGGUGGAGAAUUUUAUUUCUAAUUUACGUAAUUUAAUUUAAAAUCCUUUUUCUUUGUUUUAUUCAAUUUUAAUGAAGAAAAUUUACACUAGGAAAUAUCAAUGGUCAACAGCUGAAUUAUACCCACAAUAAUAAUUGCAUUAAAAAUUUAUUAAUGAUCUCUCUGUUAUUAUAAAUAAAUUCUAUUUUAUUUCCCUCUAGAAUUAUUGUCCCAAAUUUUUCAUUAAUAAUGAUAAUUAGUUAAUCUAAUUUUAAUGUUUUGCUAAUUUUUUCUUUGAAAAAUUGGAGUUUUAUCAAAGCAUCUAAAUAUCUUAUAUUCUAAAUAAAUUAGCAGAAUAUAAAUUAUAACCUUUAAUGAAAUUAUUUUGUAUUGUUAUCCCAGAUAAUGAGAUAAGUUGCAAUAUAAACUUCUGACGCUGGCGGUGCUUUUCAUUAAAUGCACUCUAGAAAUAUGAAUGCCUUUCACUUUGCUUUAUAAAGACUUUUCACUUAUAUUAUACACUAUGUUGAGCUGAAGCAAUCUGUUCUCUGUCACAACUUUUUCUCAGAUUCCUGCCCUUCCUAUCUAACCAAACUUCUUUCUCUCUAUUCACCCCUUCGACAUCUUCGCUCCUCCGCAGACACACAUAUUCUGUCCAACUAAAACAUAUGGUGAACGAUCUUUCUCUUUCUGGGCAUCCAAAACAAUGGAAUUCUUUGCCACUACACAUCUGCAAUAUACCAACCACCCAGGCAUUCAAAACUGCACUCAAAAACACAUCUCUUUAAACUAUACUACCCUGAUUGAUUCCCCUCCUCUGACCGAUAAAUGAUCUUGUUGGCUGCCGUCUAUGGUUUGCCUUGUAAAAGUCCUGGGGUUCAUGCUGUUCUUUAUUUCAUAAUUGUAUUUUAUUUUAAUGUCAUGAUUAUGUCUCUUUUGAUAAUAUUUUUAUGUACAGCGUGGUGAGCCCAGCCCUAGGCUGGGGUACCGUGCCAUGAAAGACCACUAAUUAUAAAUUAUUAUUAUUAUUUAGUGGAUGUAUACUGUAUGUUCUAUGAGAUAAAGAGUUUUUGACAGAUUCAAUAAAUGUUUUUAUUUUAUAUUUAGAAUAGAUGCUUCACAGUUGUUUUUAAGUUAUAAUUUUGCUUUCAUUGUCUCAGUUUGGAAGGUAGGUAUGAGGAUGACGAGCUACAGCAGAUUUUGGAUGACAUCAAGACAAAGAGGAGUUUCCAAUAUUAAAAUUUGAAGGAUUCCGCCAUGUUCAAGCAGAUGUUUUUUUUAAAAAACAUUUUCUAAUCACACCAUUAUCAUUUGUAUGACUGUGCAUAAACUGUUUGAAGUGUUUGUUAUGAAUUUAGUAACUUUGUUGAAUGAUAUUCAUCAUUAAUAAACACAUUUUUGUAAUUUAAGUUUUGUAAGUUUUAUUACAGUUGUAAUUUGUAUAAGUAUA